CCCUGCGUUCAUCGCCAAAAGCUGCUACCAAGAGAGCCACCGCAAGCCUCCAAAGAUGAAAGGCUUCCUCUUCCUCCUAUUCACCAUCAGCCUCCUGGUUAUGAUUCAGAUACAAACUGGAGUCUUGGGAAACCGAACCACCACCAAGAAACCCAAGGGUGGAGCCCCAGCCCUCAGCGGCCUGGGCAGCGGCGGCAUCCUUCUCUUUUUGACCAAUGUCCUCAUCCAGCUCUUCCACCUCAGCUGAGGUGACCUGGCCCAGCCCUAGCCCUGUGCCCCUGAGACAGCUGCCACCAUCUCCAGCAACAGAAGCCGCCCCCCAGUCCUUGGGAGGGAUUGAUGCUGGAGAUGAGCAGGUUGUGAGAAUGACAGGCAGUGCCUUGGGGGUGAUGGCUGAUGCAGGGAGGUACUGAUGUGGAGGGGCAAGCACCACCCAACCCGGCGUCAAUAAAGUUGAUGUGUGCUUGG